AAAAAGUUUGACAUAACAAAAACAACAUAAUAAUAAGUGUUCGUUAACCUUCAAAUUGCCAACCAAAAUAAUCAAGAAAAAAAAGAUUCAAUUAUCUCGGCAAAAUGAAAUUUCGAUUUCUUGGUGAUGGAGACUGCCCCGACUGGUUACUUGCUCAGAUAAUCACUAUGUCUCGUAUGACUUCAAUAAAAAUGAAAUUAUUGGGAGUGCUAGUCGUAAAAUCGAUACUUAGCAACGGUGAAAUAGACGAAGAUAAAAUAAAGAAGCUUACACAGGAUGCUAAAUUAGACUGGGACGAUGCAAUGUCCAUAGUAUCGGCCUUAGAAAUGAUAAUAACCUCCUCAGCGCGUUACGAAGUUAACGCGGAUGACCUUAGCAGCGAAUUGCAGCAACUAGGACUACCCAAAGAACACAGUAUUGUUAUCGGACGGCUGCAUACUGAUAAUUACAAUCAAAUUCACGAUUAUUUGUUAGCUCAAUCUUUACGCAUGAACGCGCUGUCCUCUAUAGACAUAGAGACUAAAAAAGACGAGACAAAAAAUUCCGUGAUGGUAACCAUGGGGUUAAAAAUAAAAAAAUUAGACGGUGAUGAUGAAAAAGUAUCCAUCAACAUUCCCAAAGACAAAUUGGCUGUUCUAAUCGAGGAGAUGAAGAAAGUACGCGGCAUUAUGGAGGAGAUGUGCAGCAUUAAAACAAUGUAAUUUUAUUAUUAAAAAAUUUUGUUACUAAACUUA